CGCAGUAGUGCGACUUCCGACCCGGCGGCCAUUUUAUUCUUCGCUUUCCUGCCGAGGUGACCCGAGAAGGGAGUUGGGCCUUCGGAGAGACGCGGGAGAAUGUUCCCUUUGGUGCGAAGAGCCCUGGCCCUUUCGGCCCGUGGCAUUCAGCAUACUGUGACGAGACAGGCUCACCGCAAACUUGAACCUGACUUCCACGACAAGUAUGGCAACCUCGUUCUCAUUAGUGGGCUGGCAUUUGGUAUUGGCACUUGGGCCUAUGCUUGCAUUCAGCUUCCAAUUACAUGGAAUUUCUCUCCAGUUGGCCAACUUACUCCAAAGGAAUGGAGAGAAGACUAGAGGUGACUUUGUGAUGGGAAUUGGGAAGGAAUCUGAGCUGUAUUUGUGCCACCCCUCCCUGGCACUCUUCUCUGUGUUAUGUAUGAUGUAAUAAAUGUAUUGAAAAUAAACAACUUUGAAUCAUAA